AUGGUGUCCUCAUUCCAACUGUGGCUUUCGGCACGGCCCGCCAAACGAACCCCGAUCAACGACAAGCCAUCGUGGUCUCACCUCGGCGAUGCUGCAGUGUACGAGCCGCUCUCCAAGGCAGAUGGGCUUUGGUAUAUUCGGGAGACACAUUACAUAGAAAACCAGUUUGUAGCUGCUGGAUUAUCUGGACCCCCAUUACACAUUCAUCGCCUGCAAGACGAGUUCUUCAAGGUCGAAAAAGGCGUAUUAGGUGCCGUCAAGAACGGCGUGGAAUACGCCAUCACCAAGGACGACGGAAUCUUCCACAUUCCCCGUGGCACGCGCCAUCGAUUCUGGUCACACAAAACAGCCACCGAGGACCUUGUCUUCUCCAUCUGGCUCGACCCAUGCACCAGCGAGGAACACAUCCUCGACGUUAAUUUCUUGCGCAACCUGUCCGGCUACGUCAAUGACUGCGUCAAGUCUGGCCUGAAGCCGUCUGUACUCCAGAUUAUUCUCAUGACGGAGCACGCAUCUUCGCUGCUGUGCCCGCCGUUCCUCAACUGGAUGCCGACCCCAAUGCUGUUUUGGGCACAUCGUGCAUGUGCUUGGUAUGCACAGAGUAUUUUAGGGUAA